AUAAAAACCCUCCAACUAGCAAUCCCAUUACUAUUACUCCAACCACUUUUCUUACAAGUUGGUAAAAUUGUUUGUUUUUCUUGUAAUUAAUCGAUAUGCCUAGGUCCAUGUCCCUUAAGCUUGCAUGUGUAGUGGUGUUGUGCCUGUUGGUGGGCGCACCCCUGGCUCAAGGGGCCAUAAGCUGUGUUCAAGUCAAAUACUCCCUCCUACCCUGCGUCGGUUACGUAAGAGGCAAUAAUGCUGGUCCUGCUCCCCCAGAUUGCUGUAAAGGCAUCAGAUCUCUCAAAUCUGCGGCCCGAAGAAGACUAGACCGGCAAGCAGCUUGCAAAUGCAUCAAAAGUCUGGCCGCCGACAUUUCUGACAUCAACUAUAGCGUUGCAGCCGGACUCCCAGGCCAGUGCAAAGUCCACAUCCCUUACAAGAUCAGCCCUAGCAUUGACUGCAAAAGAGUCAAGUGAAGUGUGGCCAUGGAAGUAGGGAUCAGCUAAUGGAAGGGAAAUGGUGGUGUACUCACUGAAAAUUAUCCUAGUUUUAGAGUUGGUGUAUGCGACUAUCUAAUGAUAUCGUUACGUACACUAAAUAUUAAUAUCACUCUCAAUGGUUGUUUCUUCUA